UUCUCUCUGAGAAUAUCUCUUUCUCUCUCACGCUCUUUUGCUCUUCGUUCUUUCCGUUUCUGUUUGUCAAACAGCAGUGGAGUAGUUUGCCGCCAAACAAGGCACCCAAAGCGUGUAGUUUUGUUAGAAAGUGAUAAGGAGUGUGCCGAGUUUUUAUUGCCAUUGGAGUGAGAGAAGUAGGUCAGACCUGACGGUUAGACCUGAGAGCCAGAGGCGGAAGUAAAGCCCGUCUUUCUAGUAGCAAAUCGCCUGACAGAGAACACCAUAAGAAGAAUAACAGCAUCAAGAAGAGGAGAAGGAGAAACAACAAGCAUCGAUUAAAAACAAAAUCGAAGGUCUGCCUCUACAACAACAAUAGCAACAAGAACGACGACAGGAGAGGAACGGUGAAGGGGUUGUUGCUCUUUGUCCGUCAUUGGAUCGGAAAAUCAAUCGGAAGCCAACAGGGGAAAAGAAAGGAAAGAUGAAGUAUGUUUUAGUGACCGGUGGCGUCGUUAGUGGUCUUGGAAAGGGGGUGACGGCCAGUAGUAUUGGAGUCGUUCUCAAGGCCUGUGGUCUUCGUAUUACUUCCAUUAAGAUAGAUCCGUAUUUGAACACUGAUGCAGGAACAAUGUCCCCUUUUGAGCAUGGAGAGGUGUUUGUCUUAGAUGAUGGUGGUGAGGUGGACCUGGAUCUUGGGAACUAUGAACGUUUCCUGGAUAUCAAGUUGACCCGUGAUAACAACAUCACCACAGGGAAGAUUUAUCAGUCUGUUAUUGACAAGGAAAGAAGGGGAGACUAUCUUGGAAAAACUGUCCAGGUUGUGCCUCAUGUUACAGAUGCCAUUCAAGAGUGGAUUGAGCGUGUGGCUAUGAUACCCGUUGAUGGAAAAGAAGGCCCUGCUGACGUUUGUGUCAUAGAGCUGGGUGGAACUAUAGGUGAUAUUGAAUCUAUGCCGUUCAUUGAGGCACUGGGUCAAUUUUCAUAUCGCGUUGGCCCUGGAAAUUUCUGCCUGGUUCAUGUCAGUCUUGUCCCUGUUUUGAAUGUCGUUGGUGAACAGAAAACAAAGCCAACUCAGCAUAGUGUUCGGGGACUAAGAGGACUGGGUUUGACACCAAAUAUCUUAGCCUGUCGCAGCACAAAGGCCCUGGAAGAAAAUGUGAAAGAAAAACUCUCACAGUUUUGCCAUGUCCCGGCAGCAAACAUAAUCACUCUGUAUGAUGUUCCAAACAUUUGGCACAUCCCUUUGCUAUUAAGAGAUCAGAAGGCACACGAAGCGAUCUUGAAAGGGCUGAACCUUCAAGGUGUUACUGUGGAGCCUCAUUUGGACGAAUGGACUGGGAGAGUUGAACGGUGUAACAAGCUACAUGAGCCUGUCAGAAUUGCUAUGGUUGGAAAAUAUACUGGACUUUCUGAUUCUUACCUUUCUGUCUUGAAGGCUCUCUUUCAUGCUUCUGUUGUUUGCCAGAGGAAACUUAUAGUGGAAUGGGUUCCAGCAUGUGACCUUGAAGAUGCAACUGCGAAAGAGACACCUGAUGUUCAUAAAGCUGCAUGGAAUCUAUUGAAGGGUUCAGAUGGUAUUUUAGUUCCAGGAGGAUUUGGUGAUCGAGGGGUGCAGGGAAAAAUUCUUGCAGCAAAGUAUGCCCGAGAAAACAGAAUUCCAUAUUUUGGCAUUUGUCUGGGGAUGCAAAUUGCUGUUAUUGAGUUUGCUCGGUCGGUUCUUGCUCUGCAAGAUGCAAACAGCACCGAGUUUGAUUCUGAAACUUCCAAUCCCUGUGUUAUAUUUAUGCCAGAGGGUUCAAAAACUCAUAUGGGAGGCACUAUGCGUCUCGGAUCGAGGAGGACAUAUUUCCAGGUUACUGAUUGUAAAUCUGCAAAGUUAUAUGGCAAUGUAAGCUUUGUUGAUGAGCGACACCGGCAUAGAUACGAGGUAAAUCCUGAAAUGGUUGCACAACUUGAAAAUGCUGGUCUCUCAUUUGUUGGCAAAGAUAAAACUGGCCAGCGUAUGGAGAUUGUUGAAUUGCCUGAUCAUCCAUACUUUAUUGGAGUUCAAUUCCAUCCCGAAUUCAAGUCAAGGCCAGGAAGACCUUCUGCACUAUUUCUUGGUCUUAUAGCAGCAGCAUCUGGCCAGUUGGAAUCAUUCCUAAAUAAUCUUAACAAUGUACAAAAUGUGGCAACAAAUAGCAUUAAGAGCAAUGGAAGGUCUACCAUGAAAGUGCACCAGAACGGGAGUGUAAAGAAGCCUGCAAAUGGGUCUGUAAAUGGUGUGUAUGCUAAUGGUAAUGGGCACGCCAAUGGUAAUGGACAUGCCAAUGGUAAUGGUGUUCAUUACUAACUGAAGUGGGUGGUGACACCUUGGUCUAGUUUCAUUUAUAUUUUCUUACAGUUUGUGUGUUGAUUUUGGGAAGGGCCUUCUGAAAGCCCUCCGGAUCGGUCUGUACAGUCGAGUAUCAGUAAAGGUUUUAGUUCUCGAGGGAUAGUUCAUGGGACAGAGCUGCACUCCGGUUUUUUGAACGGUGGACGGCUGCUUGUAAUUUUUUCUUUUUUAGCGUUUUGAAUGGAAACGGGUUUUUGGGUGUAA